AAAUUCCGUCUUCAAAAUUUAUACCUAUAAAUACUUACUUAAUUCAGAAUUAUUAAGAAUUGCUCCUAGUUUUGAACCAAAAAAGAAUUGUUCUUCUCUUUUCCUUUUGCUUCAUUGCAAUCUGGUGGAGCCACUGCCAUUGUUAAAACUUUCACAACCUCAAAGAUUACUCCAAUCCAAGGGAUUUAUUAGUUUCAGAAAAGGUUGCAGUAAUUCAAAGCGGAAACGAAGAACGACUAAAGAAGAUGGAAGCGCAAAACUCUGAACAAGGACAUAUAAUUGAAGUACAUAGAGAUGUCCCAGCAGUAGGGACAAGCCUGGGAAGAAAUACGAUUUGUGGAGGCGCACCAUGUGGGUUUAAUGAUGCUCAAACCAGUUCUAAAGAUGCUAAGGAACGUACAGCCUCUAUGCGUAAACUUUUGAUGGCAGUAGUGCUUUGUGUUGUCUUUAUGAGCGUAGAAGUGGUUGGAGGCAUUAAAGCCAACAGCCUUGCAAUCCUAACUGAUGCAGCUCAUCUCUUGUCAGAUGUUGCAGCAUUUGCAAUCUCCUUGUUCUCCCUUUGGGCAUCAGGGUGGGAGGCAACUCCACGUCAAUCUUAUGGAUUCUUCAGGAUUGAAAUUCUUGGUGCCCUUGUGUCCAUCCAGAUGAUAUGGCUUCUAGCUGGCAUCCUUGUUUAUGAAGCCAUAGCUAGACUUAUCCAUGAUACUGGUGAAGUUCAAGGCUUUCUCAUGUUUGCAAUUUCUGCAUUUGGUCUAGUUGUUAAUAUUGCUAUGGCUCUCCUGUUGGGUCACGACCAUGGGCAUCACCAUGGCCAUAAUCAUGGCCAUGGUGGGAAUGAUCAUGAUCACCACGAUCAUAGUCAUAGCCGUGACAGUGAACCACAUAAUCACGGAUUAAGUAUAACUUCUCACCAUCACCACCACCACCAUGAUCAUGGCUCAAAUUCUAAACUAGAUAAUGACCAUCAUCAUCAUACACAUGAAGCUGACCAUCUAGAGCCUUUGCUUAAGAAUAGUGAAAAAAAGUCAGAAAGUGAAGCACCUCAGAAGAAGGAACGGAACAUCAAUGUUCAAGGGGCUUAUCUUCAUGUCUUGGGGGAUUCCAUUCAGAGUAUUGGAGUGAUGAUUGGUGGAGCAAUUAUUUGGUACAAGCCUGAGUGGAAAAUAAUUGAUCUGAUAUGCACCCUUGUGUUCUCCAUCAUUGUGCUGGGAACAACCAUCAGGAUGCUACGAAACAUUUUGGAAGUUCUUAUGGAGAGCACACCCCAAGAAAUCGAUGCCACAAGGCUAGAGAAGGGUUUAUGCGAGAUGGAUGAGGUUGUUGCCAUACAUGAACUGCACAUUUGGGCUAUAACUGUUGGUAAGGUGUUAUUAGCUUGCCAUGUAUUAAUUAAGCCUGAAGCUGAUGCUGACAUGGUAUUGAACAAGGUUAUAGAUUACAUCAAGAGAGAUUACAAUAUCAGUCAUGUGACUAUUCAGAUAGAACGCCAGUGUGAAUCCAUGGCGCAGUAGCCAUGCCAAACGGAUAGAAUAGAAACUAUCAGGAGUUAUGAACUGUUAAUUUUAAUGGCGAGUGUUACCCUCAAUUUUUUUUAAAAAAAAUUCCGGUAGUUGAACUGAGAACCUAGUAAA